GGCGCGUAUUCACCUUCAUUUAAAAGAGCAAACUUUAGGGCAAACGAAGAAAGGUAACUUCGAAGAAGAGAAUUUGGGAGCAAAAGCGAAGUGAAGGAGAUGGUGCUUCCUGAUGAAGAAAUUUCGAGGCUCUUCCGAAUCAGGAAGACGGUGAUGCAGAUGCUGAGGGACAGAGGCUUCCUGGUGGGGGACUUCGAGAUCAACAUGUCCAAGCACGAGUUCAAAUCCAAGUACGGCGAGCACAUGAAACGUGAGGACCUCGUCAUCAACAAGUCCAAGAAGGACAACUCCGGCGACCAGAUCUACGUCUUCUUCCCGGAGGAGGCCAAGGUCGGCGUCAAAACCAUGAAGACUUACACUAACCGCAUGAACUCCGAAAACGUCUACAGAGCCAUUCUCGUCACUCAGACCAACCUUACCCCCUUCGCCAGAACCUGCAUCAGCGAAAUCUCUUCCAAAUUUCACUUGGAGGUUUUUCAGGAGGCGGAGCUGCUGGUGAAUAUUAAAGAGCAUGAACUUGUCCCUGAACAUCAGGUUCUCACUGAUGCUGAGAAGAAAACCUUGAUUGAGAGAUACACUGUGAAAGAAACUCAGCUACCUAGGAUUCAGGUGACAGAUCCUGUAGCAAGAUAUUAUGGAUUGAAACGUGGUCAAGUUGUGAAGAUUAUUCGGCCGAGUGAAACUGCUGGAAGAUAUGUUACAUAUAGAUUUGUUGUAUAAGAAUGUUAUAACUUAUUGACUACAUUACUUUUUAGGAUAUGUUGCAUAGUAAUGGACAGGGAUGUGAAGCUUGUGGAAUCAAAGUCCCAUUUUUAUAUCGAAAUUGAUUGAUGCUGUUAUGAACA